UUCUACUUUUCAGCACCGAAAUGAGUGCUGAAAAGUAGCACUUUUCAGAACUGUUCCUUUGGCAGGAAAAGUAGGCCUCAUUGAAAAGUUGAUUGAUAUGCAACGGAAUAGCAAAAAGAUUUUUUUCAACCAAAAACAGAUGUGGCAACACUGCAUGAAAGAAUAGCUGAAUUCAAAUUCUUGCUCACUGAGCUGGUGCAUACAUGAAUGUUCAAGAAAGAUCUUGAUAUUAAUGACUCUUCUAGAGAAAACUGAUUUUUCUAUGGUCAUUGAGACAUCGAACAAUGACGGGAAAGGCAGGGUGGUCAUACGCUCUCAUCCGAGAUAUCAAUAGUCCGGCCAAUCACAUCAUUCGGAGUGAGUUGGCCGUUGUGAUCCGAGACAAAUAUCCCAAAGCGCGACACCACUUUCUAGUUCUUCCUUGGGCAAACAUCGACAACGUAUAUGAGUUUUCUUCCUUGUUACAGUUAAUCCCCGUUCAUAUUCCGCUGCUGAAGGAAAUGUUCCAACUCGCCAAACAGGCAAUCGAAUUGAACCGAUGCCAUCAGAAGGAAUUCGCAAUGGGAUUUCACAUGCGACCAAGCAUGCAUCGCUUGCAUCUGCAUGUCAUCUCCAAAGAUUUUGUUUCCGCAAGAUUGAAGACGGUAAAGCACUGGAAUAUUUUUCGCACGGAUCUGUUUAUGCCGUUUGAGAGCGUUCUACUGGAGCUGCAAGAAAGAGGCCAUAUCAAACAUCGGCCGGAAGCGUACAUCAAUAGCUUGAUGGACGCUCGGUUGGAAUGCAAUCAGUGCGACCGGCAGUUCGACACUUUGCCCGCAUUGAAGGAGCAUCUUCUGGAUCAUCUGAAUUCCGCUGGAGGAGAACCCUUUGAAGUCCUACACAACGGAUUCAUGGAAUGAGAGAAAUCAAUCGUUUCAUUGGGAAAUGUAAAUGGUAAAAGCGAAUUUCUAGAUAGCAGACAGCAAGUGUACAUUCUUCUUACGAAGAUUUCUUCACGGUCCGAUAGAUCCCUGGAUUACAAUAUCAGUAAACAUUUAAUAAAUAAAGGCAUAGAAUCCUUUCUCCACAUGGUAAUGAUUCAAAUGUACCAAUUUUUGGAGUUUCCAUUUACGUGAUUCAUGAACCAAGAAACCAACUAUCAGAAUGAGCGACAUUCGGCAACAUGUAAGCUUGUGGGAGUAAGAAGAAAUCAAAUUAUUUAAUGACUUAAAUACAAUUACAUCCCCAAUUUACUACUGAAACGCUAUUGUUUAUUCUUGUUCUAUUUUUUCUUGAUAAAUUCAUAUUUUUCAUUUAGUUAGAAUCUUGUCUUUGAAACAUAAAGUUCAUCCUUUAACCAAUAGCUCUAAUAAUCGGCUGGUUGGCAUCAUGUCUGCUCCAACUUCAAGUGAUGACCUAGAAGAUAUAAAUGUUAUGCUAAAUAAUAUCAGAAUGAGCGACAUUCGGCAACAUGUAAGCUUGUGGGAGUAAGAAGAAAUCAAAUUAUUUAAUGACUUAAAUACAAUUACAUCCCCAAUUUACUACUGAAA